AGGUGGCGGUGGGGUACACAUGGACUUUGACGAGCCACCCUCCGCUUCUGGUGACGUGGCUCCUGAGUUGUACCUAGAGGGUCCGUCUAGUGGGGAGGUGGAGAUGGAGACGGAGUCUACACACGAGUCGGACUCUAGGGCUGAGUUGGAGGUGAUGGAGGAUGGGGGUGCGCCGAAGCCCUUGAAGCUUCGUGGAGAAGCUAGAGUCCCCGAUGCGAGGAAGGAGCCGAAGACCCAUGAUGACAAGGCCCUUAUCAUUCCUUCGAGCGAUGACAACUGGACAUGGGAUGCCAAGCCCCCCCGCAUGCCUAACAGCUUGCUUGGGGCUCUGAUUAAGAAGUUCUGGCCCGGCAGAUACACUCCCCUUAGCACGGUCCCCGGUGGCGCGACGAAGCUAGCCACUACUUGGGCGGACUAUGAGGAUGCCCCUGCCGUAGGCUUCGCGACAUUGCUUGAGGCUGUGACCACCAAGUUCGGGUAA